AUCCAACAGAAGUCGAUCUGCAGCUAAGCUUUCUAGACGGUUGGGAUUGAUGGGCAUCCAGAAAAAGGACAGGUCAGCUGCAUGAAAAAAUAUCCCUCUCUUAGGAACUCGGAUGAAAGAGCAGGGUUUUACUUGCCUCCCCUGCCUUCAAUCUUGCAUCCUGGCUGCGAGGAAGGAGGGCAGCUGUCAUCUGUGGAGGAUUGGAAGCCAGGGAGUUUCUCCUGGGAAGGAGAAAGCCUUCGGUUGUUCUUAUGAACAACAAGAAUUAAAAACCGUGUCCAGAGAGAAGAGGGCGGGAUAGCAGCCUGUGGCUCUAAGGGCACUGAGCAUCCCUUCCCCUCCUAGAAGUCCAACCAGAGGCAGCAGGACUGGUGAUGCAGCAUCCAGCGAAGGGCAGGGCAACCCCAGGAGAGGGGCUUGGGGGCUGAGAACUUGAGAGCACAUGGGAUAUUCUUCAGGUGCUCAGAAGCAAAACAUCCCCCCGGUCAUGUCCUGCAUGCCAAAUGAAGUCCAGUGCUUCUUUGAUGGGAACCCAGACGCAGCCGGCUGAGCAACGCAUGGCAGAGCCCACGAUGCUCUGUUUUUUCCCCUGAAAAGGAAGCUCAGCGGAGACUUCACUGCAGCGGACUCUGCAACAGCAAACAGCACAGAUGCCAAAUGGUGUGUAGACUCCUGCCACUGCAAUCUGAAAGACUAUUUUCACGAACUCCCUGUUUUCAUGAACUACAUCAAAGUCCAUGUGCAUAACUUUACGGUGGAUAUUAGAAUCUCAGUGAACACCACUCAACCACCAGAUAUUCAUAAAAGUUUUGAUUAAAACUGCCUAAAUAUGACUGUUGCUACUGGAGAUCCCACAGAUGAAGCAGCAGCUUUGCCUGGUCAUCCUCAGGACACUUAUAACCCAGAAACUGAUCAUGAAUGUUGUGAGAGAGUGGUUAUUAAUAUCUCAGGCCUUCGGUUUGAAACACAACUUAAGACACUUGCUCAGUUUCCAGAGACCUUAUUGGGAGAUCCGAAAAAGAGAAUGAGAUAUUUUGAUCCUCUCCGGAAUGAAUAUUUCUUUGACAGAAACAGACCCAGCUUUGAUGCUAUUUUAUAUUACUACCAAUCGGGUGGCAGACUGAGAAGGCCCGUUAACGUACCCUUGGACAUCUUCUCAGAAGAAAUAAGGUUUUAUGAACUUGGUGAAGAAGCGAUGGAGAUGUUUCGGGAGGAUGAGGGUUACAUCAAGGAAGAAGAACGCCCGUUACCAGAAAAUGAAUUUCAGAGACAAGUAUGGCUUCUCUUUGAAUACCCAGAAAGUUCUGGACCAGCCAGGAUUAUAGCAAUUGUCUCAGUCAUGGUCAUCCUAAUCUCUAUAGUAAGUUUCUGUUUAGAAACUUUGCCCAUAUUCCGUGAUGAUGCUGAAGACAUGCAUGGUAGCAGUAGCAACCCCAGCCCUUAUUCCAACAGCACAAUGGGGUCUCAACAGCAAACAUCUUUCACAGACCCCUUCUUUAUAGUAGAAACACUCUGCAUAAUUUGGUUCUCCUUUGAAUUCCUGGUGAGAUUCUUUGCCUGCCCUAGCAAAGCUGGUUUUUUUACCAAUAUCAUGAACAUCAUUGAUAUUGUUGCCAUUAUUCCGUACUUCAUCACACUUGGCACAGAGCUGGCUGAGAAACCAGAAGACGGCCAGCAAGGUCAACAGGCUAUGUCUCUUGCUAUCCUUCGAGUCAUCCGCUUGGUGAGGGUGUUCAGGAUCUUCAAACUUUCCAGACACUCCAAAGGAUUGCAAAUCCUGGGACAGACUCUUAAGGCCAGCAUGAGGGAGCUAGGCCUCUUGAUAUUUUUCCUCUUCAUUGGUGUCAUCCUGUUCUCCAGCGCUGUCUAUUUUGCAGAGGCUGAUGAGAGGGAUUCUCAGUUCCCAAGCAUCCCCGAUGCUUUUUGGUGGGCUGUGGUUUCCAUGACGACAGUUGGCUAUGGAGACAUGGUCCCCACGACCAUAGGUGGAAAAAUAGUUGGCUCCUUGUGUGCCAUUGCAGGUGUAUUAACAAUUGCCUUACCAGUGCCGGUUAUAGUGUCCAAUUUCAACUACUUCUAUCACCGUGAGACAGAAGGAGAGGAGCAAGCUCAAUACUUGCAAGUAACCAGCUGCCCAAAGAUCCCUUCUUCCCCUGACCUAAAGAAAAGCAGAAGUGCCUCCACUAUUAGUAAGUCUGAUUAUAUGGAGAUACAAGAAGGUGUGAAUAAUAGCAAUGAGGACUUUAGAGAGGAGAACUUGAAAACAGCCAAUUGCACCCUAGCUAACACAAACUAUGUUAAUAUAACUAAAAUGUUAACCGAUGUUUAGCUAAUAAAAAGGAGGGGACCCUAAUAAUAUACUUAAAAUUCAAGUGGAACAUUUGCAGAUGUUGCAUAAUACCUUGCACUGUAGUUAAUACAAUAUGUUCUGCAACAUGUAUUGGUUCUGCAUGGAAAGCAAUAGUUGUGUAAGUGACUCUUUUUAACACUGAAUGCUGAAUAAGCUUUCAUGCAAUUUUUUUCUAAUACAGUUUUCUGGGUUUCCAAAUAUAUCAAACAUUUAAGGCAAAAUUAUGUCACAGUAUCAGAUGAAUGGCAUUGAAGAAAAACAAAACCCACAACCUCUUCAUGUUUCCAACAGUUAUUCACAGAUGCCAACUAGCUAAACAUGAUUUAAAAUAUAGAAGUCAACCCAUGCAAAAGAAUAUUUAUUCCAAGGAAAUAGUAUGCAACUAUAUAGCUUUCAAGCUUCAGAAAUUAUACAAAAGGUCAUGCAUGGUUUAAUUAAAGGAAAUAUUUCUCCAAAUUACUUUUUAAAGUUCAGGUUUUCCAGAUCAGAAAUGCCAGUGAGAGACUGUACCAUGCAGGUUAUGCUUCUGAACCAAAAAUGCUGCAUUGGAUACAUCUACUGCAGCAUGUCAGUGUGAGGAUUGCAGGAGGCACUGUUUGGUAGGAAAAAAAAUGUUGUUGUUGUUGUUAUUUCUUUAGUUGAGACUCAUCAGGAUCCUGGAGACAUUUGUUUCUUAAAAAGCAUACAUUUUUGUUAGGUUUGUUUUUUGGGGUGGGGGUCACCUACAUAUGCAGAACUGAAAAGCAUAUUGUUUCAAAUGCUGGAGCAAAUAAGCUGUGGCCUAGAAUAUAUUUAUUCUGCAGAGACAUUUAACCAGUAUUACAGUACAGCUGCAUGGAUAUUUGUUGCAUGGAUCUUAAUAUUUAUUACAUAAAAUAUAUCUAUUUUCUUAAGUAGACUAUAGAGUAUACUUGUUUAUAGUGAUUCUAGAUUGUCCAGUGGCUUGAAGGAAAUUCAUGGACAUUAAAAAAAAGAAAAGAAAAGAAAAACUAAAGCAAUUGAGUUGAAGGAUGUAUGCUGACCAGUAAUGUGAUAUGCAAGAAAAAUGCCCAAAAUGUUUGCUUGCUUGAGUAGGCAAACCAACUAAGGUAAUAUGAAUCAUAUACAUCACAUAUAUAUUGAGAAACUGGUAAUGGAUUCAUUGUGAUGUCAUAUAUAGAGACAUGGCUGACCAGAAAUGAGGAAAAAUAUUUGUAAUGAAAGGAUCUCUGGUGAGAGUGUCAAACAAAUGUUAACUAAACAUUUGAUAUCUAAAUAUAAAAGAUUGGAGCACACAGAGAUUGCUUGAAGUAUUUAACUGUGCAGAACCUUGAGAUUCAAAAGUAAGAUGCAAAGGUACAGCAUACCUUCCUCUCAAUCUGCAUAAAAUCUGGUAUUUAGCAUUUUCAUAAGAGGAUGGGUUUAUGCAAUAAAGCCAGCCCAAGGCAAUUCAUUUGGGUACAGAAUAGCUUUCUUUCGAAAAUGUCCUAAUAGAGCUGCACCACAUGGCUAUAGCAGAGGAAGAGUUGACCAUAUCUUAAUAUGUGCCAAUGUGCAGCUUGAAAGUUGAUGUUUCCUUUGGAAUGUUCUCAUGCAAUGGAUUCACUGUUCUCAAAAUUAGAGUAAAAACGGUCCAUAUUUGGCUCUUAGAAUCUUUGGAAAAAACACCCAAGUGUAAUGUGAUAAGAGAACUUUGGCCAACUUCACACCUCAAGCUGGAUUAACUGCUUUCCAUUAAGGAGGCAACGGCUUCUUCUACAUUGACUUCUCUUCGUAGGUUGGCAUCUUGGAUUUGUACCCUGUUGAUGCUGCAGUUGCAACCCUCAAGGGGCUGGAUAGUUCUUCAAUAAAAGGCAAUUCUGCAAUCAACGUUCCAGGAAAGAUGCAUUUGCAACAAAUAACAAUAAUGAGAUAAUAAUGCCUGUGAGCAAAUCCUCUGCUCAUCACUUGCAAAUCCUAUACUGCCUUGUGUGAUUUGACCCUGAGGUUGUUUGAAGAUUCAUGACAACCCCAAAUUCUAAGCUGCUAAACAUUUACCUACAUACAUUGCAUUCACAUAUCUUUGAUGCUGGUUUAGACCUUAGAAAAUGGAUUUACAACAACUGAAAUUCCCAACAAGAAAAGGCAGUUAGAUCCUGUAAGUGAUUUGGGGUUUGCUUUACUGAUCCUAUUCCUGCAUUGUCAUGAAUGAAUGCAGUAAGGACUAAAUCACAUAUCGAAAAUAUGAACUGAGUGCUCUGUAAAGAAUUUAACACAUGAUAAAGAGGUUGCAUAGGUGUUUAUGCCAGAAAACCAACUUGCUAACAGCCCACUCAGUUCACAUUUACCUAUUGUGCUACGACUCAGCUCAUGUUCCACAAUUUUGCAUGGGGAAUAUAGAUUCAUCUGCAAACUGGAUAUGUGCCAAAAUAGUCAUUCUGAUUGCUUAUACAGUAUGUGUGUUAAACUCUGUACAAAUCCAUGCAACCUGCAUAAUCAACAAGCUAUUUGGUUGAGUCUGAGUGAUAUCUGUUUUUAUGCCAAGAGGGAAUAUAUCAGAACAAUCUGAUUUUAAAUAGAUUUUAAGAAAUAUAUAAAAUAGGUUUUACUGUUCCAGGAAAGACUUUUUUCAGCCUAUAAGAAAGCUAACAUUGAAUAUAGCUGAAUCUGUCUAUUGCUGAGUAUUGUUUAAAUAACAGUUGCUAAAACGUUGUUUAUAACCGUAACAAAAGUUUUUCCUGAAAAAAUCUGGACAAAACUCAAAUUUCUUGGUCUUUUUCCUACUCCUACUCCAGCCAAAAAAAGGUUAUUCCAUUUCAUUUUGUCAUGAAGACUGGAAUAAAAUAACUGAAUAAUAUAAGAAGCCUUACCAACUAUAAAAAGAUCAGCAGUGGUGGUGUUUAUGAGGUAGUUUUGGUUUACCCUUUAUGUUAAUGGUAAUAACAUGGACCAUUAUUACAGGACAGUGACGAAUACCUUUGCAUCACAUCUCUCAGAACCUCUGUGUUAAAUAUGCCAUGAAUUUAAAAAAAGCUAAGUUUGGAAUAUCCUUCAUUGCAGUGAGAAGGAAUAGAGUAAUCCUUCCUGUUGCCUCAGGCUACUGUCAAAAAUAUUCUG